AGCAACUGUUGCCCUGUGAGGCAGCGCCAUAGUCACCGUAGUCCUGGCGACUGUAACCCACCAACAACAACAACCUCUCGUUCCAUCAUUACCACCACACCAUCCUCAUCCUCAUCAACCAGUCCUCAGCCCAGGCGCCAUGCAGACCCCUGAGGCAGGCGCUGAAUCCGCCUCCACUGUCCACACCCCUGUGCAGUCUGCAGGCUCCGCCCAGCAGGUGUCCUCUCAGGCCCAGACUGUUCAACAGGUUCAGCAUGUAUACCCAGCACAACAGGUGCAGUACGUGGAGGAGAACAGUGGCGUCUAUACCAACGGGAACAUACGGACAUACUCGUACUCCGAGCCCCAGCUGUACAGCCAGAACAGUGGAGGGAGCUACUUUGACACGCAAGGCAGCUCAUCCCAGGUGUCCACGGUGGUGUCAUCCCAUGGCAUGGCUGACAACGGAGGGGGGAACGGGGGGCUGACCAUGGGUCUGGCUGGGGGGCAGAUCAUCAGCAGCUCUGGGGCAUACCUCAUCGGGGGCAACACCAUGGAUAACUCUGCCCCCCACCCAGCAGCCCAGACCACCCGAGCCUCCCCGGCCACUGUGAGUAUUGAAAUGGCGAUUGAGACGCUCCAAAAGACUGAAGGUUUAUCCAGUCAGAGAAGCUCACUACUCAACAGCCAUCUGCAGUGGCUACUGGAUAACUAUGAGACAGCGGAGGGGGUGAGUCUGCCUCGCUCCACCCUCUAUAACCACUACCUGCGCCACUGCCAGGAGCAGAAGUUGGACCCGGUCAACGCUGCUUCCUUUGGCAAACUCAUCCGCUCCAUCUUCAUGGGGCUCCGCACGCGUCGCCUGGGCACACGAGGGAACUCGAAGUACCACUACUAUGGGAUCCGGUUGAAGCCGGACUCUCCUCUCAACAGACUGCAGGAGGACAUGCAGUACAUGGCCCUCAGACAGCAGCCUGUCCAACAGAAACAGAGGUUUAAGCCGAUGCAGAAGGUUGAUGGUGUAUCUGGGGAGAACUUCUCAGGCGGAGGCCAGCACACCCCCAGUGCAGCGGAGCAGACUGUCAUCGCACAGAGCCAGCACCACCAGCAGUACCUGGACACAUCGCGGGCCCUGCCAGACUUUGUGGAGCUGGACCUGGGAGAGACCAACGUGGACAACGUCGGCCCAGACGACAUCAAAGCUCUCCAGUCACUCUACAGAGAGCACUGUGAGGCCAUUCUGGAUGUGGUGGUCAACCUCCAGUUCAGUCUAAUAGAGAAGCUGUGGCAGACUUUCUGGCGCUAUUCUCCUUCUGACUCAGUGGAGGGCGCCACCAUCACAGAAAACAGUGGUGUGAGUGAGAUUGAGGGCCGUCUGCCCUGCUGCAGACUGCUGGUGCUCUGUAGGAACGAGGCUGUGCUCAAGUGGAUGAGUUCCUGUGACCACCUGAUGUACCAGGCCCUAGUGGAGAUUCUCAUCCCUGAUGUCCUCAGACCCAUCCCCAGUGCCUUGACUCAAGCCAUCCGCAACUUUGCCAAAAGCCUGGAAGGCUGGCUUAACAAUGCCAUGAACACCAUUCCACAGAGAAUGAUCCAGACCAAGGUUGCCGCUGUUAGUGCCUUUGCUCAGACGCUGCGUCGCUACACUAGUCUGAACCACCUGGCCCAGGCAGCACGCGCCGUGCUGCAGAACACCUCCCAGAUCAAUCAGAUGCUCAGCGACCUCAACCGUGUCGACUUCGCCAACGUGCAGGAGCAGGCGUCGUGGGUGUGUCAGUGUGAGGAGGGUGUGGUUCAGAGGUUAGAGCAGGACUUUAAGGCCACCCUGCAGCAGCAGAGCUCUCUGGAGCAGUGGGCUGCCUGGCUGGACAACGUGGUCACCCAGGUCCUACAGCCCUUCGAGGAUAGGCCCAGCUUCCCCAGGGCGGCACGACAGUUCCUGCUCAAGUGGUCCUUCUACAGCUCCAUGGUGAUUCGGGACCUGACCCUGCGCAGCGCAGCCAGUUUUGGCUCGUUCCACCUGAUCCGCCUGCUCUACGACGAGUACAUGUUCUACCUGGUGGAACACCGCGUCGCCCAGGCAACCGGUCAGACACCUAUCAGUGUCAUGGGAGAAUUCGAUGACCUCAACGCCAUGUCACCUGCUAAUAUAGACAAAGACGAGGUGAGUGAGAUGGACAGUGACCUGGAGGAGGACAUGGAGGAGUCCGGGGAGCCGCUGGCCAAGCGGGAGAAGGCUGAGGUGGAACAUGAGCACCAGGUGAUCCAGGUGAUUCAGGUGGGGGCUCUGGAGGACGGCAGUAACCCCGUGGUGGGGGUGCUCCAGCCGGGCAUCCUGCACUCCCUGCCCCAGCCCCCCCAGAACCAUGCUGAGCACAUCCUCACCACCUCCGCCGCCACCACCACCAUCCGCCACUGCAGUGCCACCGGCAACACCUACGCCUCCGUCUGAGAGGGAGAUGACCCCCCCCCCCCCCCCCCGGGCAACCUCUCUGUCUCUCGCUGUCACGCACGUCUGCACUGUCCCCUCUGUCGUACGCUGUGUUUUCUCUGCACUCGUCUAGACACACUCCUCCCCCCUCCACCCUGACCAGUAAGGGAGCGUGAAAAACAUCACGACCACAGCUGGCGUCACACAAGCGGUGGAUGGAUGAGUAGAGCUAGACGGGAAUGUGGAUCUGCUGGGGAGUCAUGUGGACGGGCUGUCUCUGUCUGUCAUGUGGCUGUCCUCUGGGUCAGGGAGGGGGAUUGGGAGGUGGGGGGGUUGUACAGGCGUGAGACACUGGCUGACCCUACUGUAGCUGUGUAGAAGGGAAGGUGUCCUUCCUUAGAGAUUCACAUAUUUCCUGAUGUUUAAAAGCUCAAAUCCAAGCCACCAGCCCCAGAAUAACAACGGCAUUGAUUGACAGAACACCUGGUUCUCUCUUAGAUUGGCUUGUUUAGUAUAUAUCUAAACAACCACACAGGUGCUAUUCUCUUACACUACCAGAUGUUCAGACAGAAUUCAGUUGAAUGACAUAGUAUUUUUUUGAAGUCAUGAAUCUUUCGAAGCAUUGUUGAGAUAUGACAUUUGGUGGAUUAUGAUUGCUUAUUGCUUGUAAUGUGUUGUUUGGCAUCCUAUGAUCUAUUGAAUAGUGUAUAAUUGUAGCCAUGAUCCCCUGAUAAGCACUAAUGGCUUUUAGCCAUGAAGUUAGUUCUGCCCAUGAAGGAAGACAUUCUGUUAUUUAUGCUGUUACUGUGUAGAGACCGAGAAACGAGGUUAAACAGACAAGCUGUAGUACACCACUUCUACAACACUGGCUUUUCUACACAUGUCAUGCAUAGUGUGGGGUGUGCUUGACUUUUGGCCUUGGUUUGGUUGGGUUUAGAUGCUCGAUAGUGUGACAAAAUGACAUUAGUUGGACUUAUUAUCUACUGAUAUGUUCUCAGUACAGUAGGUGUGUUUUUUUGUAGGUUUCUUGAGUUCUGAAUGGACCAAAAACCAACCAACCAGAGGAAACUGGCAAAGCGAAAGAGAGCCAUCAUGGCUGCCACAGUUACCACGGUGAGGGUGAUGCGUGUUCUGUUUCCUGUCCCAACCCAACAGUGCCGUGUUGCAGAGCAGAGUGAAUGUCAGGGAUUCUAUGUACCUCGGCUUCAUCGUAGUGCCUUAAUAACCCUUACUGCAGCUGUCCAUGUAGUCCUGACUGAUUGUGUGGUUGAGAAAGGAUAGCGCGCACACACACACACACACACACACACACACACACACACACACACACACACACACACACACACACACAGACACACACAGCUCCUCUGCAUUACUGUCCCAGCAACAACUUUGUGUCUCUGGUGACUUGUGGCUGGAUUUGGGCUGGCUCAUCAGUGUUACUGCAGGGCUGGAGAGAUGCAGGUUCAGAGGUGCUUGUUGGGUUCUCUGUGCUGGUUCUUUGAAAUGUUUUGUUUGUUUGUACCUGCUCUCACUCUUUCCACACUCGAGGCCUGCUCCUGCUUUGGCCUCUGCUAUUGGGUGAAGUGUGUGUGCAUGUGCAGAUGGGAGGACUUGAUUGAGAUGUUGAUUAUGUGUGUAUGAAUGAGUCUGAACAUGUGUUUGAGCACACCCACUAGUCACCCUACCUCACACCAGUGUUGCCAGCCCGUUGACACGUUACAGCACAGUCACCAAACUUGUUCUGACAUACUAACCGUAUUACUCCUUCAACACUUCACACUAACAUUAUACAUGCCUGUUACACCACACACAACUAAAAUACACAGUCAUUUCAGCCCCUUCAGUUCUUAGUCCACAACGUCAUCACCCCUUAUUAUCUCCCUUCUAAAGUGCAUAUUUGUAUAGUGGACCAAAAGUAGAUAUUUUCUGAUAUUUAAAGAUAUAUAUAUAUAUAUAUAUAAGGAUGAUACAAUGUAUUCAUUUUGUUUGUUUUGUUUUCAUGUGGUUGAUCUGAUUGUCAUCUGUGAUUGUUUCUUUUGUAGCUCUUCUGUGAUUGGUUGAUUGACUGUGAAAUGGGUGGGGCAUGGGGACCAGCUUCUCUGAUGACACUGGAUACACAUUUUGUACUUGAACUGUUAUUGAUAGCUUUUAGGAAAUGGAGAACACACAGGAACAUUGUGUUGAACUGGAAGAAUCUUGUUGUUGAUACUACUGAAGUUACCUUUCUGUUUUUUAACUCUCAUCUGGAGAACUGUCUGCACCAAUGCUUUGCCUCGACUUCAUUUAUUAGUAUUCAUAGUGCUUUUGUUUUACUAUUUGAGAAAUUAUUCUUAAGUUAUGCACAUGUAUCCAUGCGUAAACCAGUCUUGAAAAUGGAAUUAUAACUUCUGAGAAACAAAAUGUACCUGCAAAAGGACUGGAAUUAUGUUUUCAGUGGAAGUGGAUUUAUUUGAUAAACUACAUUUUCUUUACAGGUAUAUGAGAAAGGACAAGUAGAAUUAUGUUGCCUUUCAUUAGUUUUUGCGGAAGAUAAAGUGCGUUCACUUUAAACUGAAGGUCAUCGACCUUGCUUACAGGUAAUUGAAGGCCUUUGGGCAUUUGUUUACAUGCCAAACUCUGACCUCACAGAAAUGACAAGAUCUUUCUUAAUGACUGUACUGUCACCCAACAUGCCGUUAGAUAUGGCUCUUGGACUUUGACCUUUUUGUCAUGAAAAUACUGAAGAUGUUAAGAUUAAAUGUGUAUUCAUUUGUGCCUGGAGUGCAAACGGCUUACAGAUGUGCUUUAGAAUCUUGAAAGUGCUUUUUUUAGUCUUGCAUGCCUUUUCUGUGCUGCUAGAAUCUGUUGGUUUAUCUAUUUAUUUAAUUUUAUAUGUGCCAGACAGUAAAUGCUGUAUUCACUCUGUAACCUCAUCAAACCUGCCUGUUUUAACAUCAAUUGUGUUUUAUUCAUAGUUGACCAUUCACAAAAAGUACAUUUAUAUUUGUUUAAGAUUGAAAAUAUUAGGGCCUUCCCUUUUUGGUUCCUUGAUAAUUGAGCCCAUUUCCAACGUUAAAGGUUAGAUCCAGCAACUACAACGGAAAAUAUCUUGACAUCCUGCAAAACAUAUCAGCUACUCUCAAACUAUGUCAGUUGGGAGGGGUGAGAAUACGGCAGCUUCACUGAUCCACGAGACCCAGUGCCUUUGAUUUUGCCCAGGCAGGGGGGCCUACGUCUCUGGUCUGACUCCAUGGUUCCAGAUACAGGCUCUUUAGACAGGCGUUUUAUGGUAGUGAGGUGAAAACGGCUGCUCACAGUGAGAGGAGGAUAUGUGCCUGAGGGAUCGUACACUUCUACCCUUGAUCCUGAUCUCAUCCAAACUAUGAGUACUGGUCAACUGUUACUGACCAAUGACCACACAGGACAGUUUACAAUGGAUGGAGCUUUGCUCCAGAUAUUCUCUGUUGGACUGCGCAUUAGGAGAGAACUACUAUUGUAUAGAUUUACUGUAUCACUAAACUAACAAAGAUUGGAGUAUAACUGGACUGGGAUAUUUGCCAAUAGCAACACUGUACUAUGACUUUCAUUGUUGUCACGAUCAUUUCCUUUCGUUGUAUGAUAUUCACUGAUUGCUGUACGUUUGCUUUAUUCAUUAUGAUUUGGAAUAUUUUCCUGUUCUAUUUUAAGUGCCAUUUGACAGUCUAGUGAGUUGUGGCCCGCUGUAGCACGCUCUAAUGCAAGCACACGCAUUUGGCAGUGGAUUUAUGGGGGAACCUUUUAGUUGAAAACUCCCCAGAUGUAACCAAGAUGUAAAUAUAGACAAAAUGGGAAGAAAGGAUAUUUAUUUACUGUCUCCUUAAAUAUUUGUUUUGUUCUUUUUGGAUGUUUUAUUUCAGCCAAAAAAACAUUCAUUUCUCUUUUUCCUCGUUUUGGAUAAUGUAUUGUAUUCAUAUACAGGUAACUGCCACGAUAAUGUUAACACUUCAGUAAAUGAGGGAUACAAAGUAUGUUUAAAAAGUAGGUGGUUCUACAAAGGUGUGGUUCCUGAAUUGCUUAAAAUUAAGCAAUGAACAUCCCACCAUGCUUAGGAUCAUGUAUAAAAAUGCUGGGCAGGCCCUUGUUUUGGCUAGCAUGGCUGUGCCCCUAUCCACAGGGCAUGAGUGGUCACCUGAAUGGUUUUGAUGAGCAUGAAACAAUGUAAACCAUAUGCCAUGGCUGUCUGUCACCAGAUCGCAACUCAAAUGAACACUUGUGGGAGAUUCUGGAGCCGUGCCUGAGACAGCGUUUUCCACCAUCAACAAAACACCAAAUGAUGGAAUUUCUCAUGGAAGGAUAGUGUUGCAUCACUCCGAUAGAGUUCCAGACACUUGUAGAAUCUACAGUGUUUUCAGAAAGUAUUCACACCCCUGAUUUUUUUUCCAAAUGUUUUUGUGUUACAGCCUGAGUUUAAAAUUGAUGAAAUUGAGAUUCUCUUGACACUGGCCUAUACACAAUACCCCCAUAAUGUUAGACAUUUUUACAAAUUCAUUUAAAAUGAAAAGCAAAUGUUUUGUCAAGUAUGGCAAGCCUAAAUAAGUUCAGGAGUAAUAAUGUGCUGAACAAGUCUCACAAGAAUUUCCAACAAAGAUUCAGCCACAAAGACUAGGGACGUUUUCCAAUUCCUCACAAAGAUGGGCACCUUUUGAAGUAAUUAACUCACCAUCAGGCCAAUGGUGACUUUAAAACAGUUAGAAGAUUGAUGGAUCAACAACAUUGUAGUUACACCACAAUACUAACCUAAUUGACAGUGAAAAGAAGGAAGCCUGUACAGAUAAAAAAAAAUAAAGCU